UGCAGGGGCUUAAUAAUAUUAAAAUAAAAGGCAGAAGUCCUACACUGAUAUUUCUUCAAAUACAAGAAAAUAUGAAAAUCAAUUUAGAUGUACCUUACGUAGCAAUUCAAAGUAAUGGACAAUCUUUUUUGUACAGAAAUCAGCACGGGGAAAUAUUUCCUGGAGUUUGGUCGAGUAAAUAUUCUAAACUUAUGUACAAGGGUUUAAAGGGUGUACAUGAUAAUACGGCUGUACUCCAAUCUAAUAAGGGUCACUUUAUCAGGAUAGCGUACAAUAAUUAUAAGCCAAGGUUCUAUUUUGAGAAUAAUAAAUGUGAUCAAGGAACUUUUGAAGGAUUGUACUUAUGUACUUAUAUAGAGUCAAGGAAUUUGUCGAAUGAGUUUAUAGAUUCAGAUUAUCUGUGGGGAAGCUACGAUAACAAUACUGGAACCUGGAACGGGGUUGUAGGAAAGGUCGGAUACGGAAAUGCAGACAUUGGAGUCACAUUUAUAUCCUAUACUUAUGAAAGAAUUCAGUUUGUAGCGUAUACCCUGCCCGUGGGUCUUGAUGUUAGCAACUGGAUUUCAAUGUAUCCAGGCAAGGUUUCUCCUGCGACUAAUAUUGUGAAGGUGUUUGAUACCAAGGGUUGGAUUGCUAUAGGUAUUUGUACUUUAGCUAUUGGAUUUGCAUUACUUUUAGUAAGGUUUGUGGGUCAGGAUAUAGAAUUCAAACAGCCUGAUGCUGUUCUGGUGAUGCUAAUGCCUUUGGCAGUAUUAAAUGCUGAACAGAUGCCAGAUUGGUUUAUUUUGAAAACAACUAGAGUUAUUUCUGGAAGUAUUUUAUUAAUGUUCUGGUCUCUAGCUUCAACCUUACUUACUCUAGCAUUCUCAUCAAACCUCAGGGCAAUUAUUCUGACCCCAACAUAUGCCACCCCUAUAGACACUGCUCAACAAAUAGUUCAGGCAAAUAAGCUUGCUGUGCUGGAGGACUCGACUUGGCAGUUAGAGUUCCUACAAUCCUCUCCUAACCCCUGGCAGCAACAAGUUCUUAAACGAUACAGGAAUAGAGAUGUAGAGAAGCAGAGUUGGGAAGAUCUAAUCAUGAGUUUAGUAUAUAAUCCUAAUGAUGUAAUCAUUGAAGCUGAGGACAACGUCUUGUAUUUUGUCCAACAAAACCCAGACCUCGCUAAUCUUUCCAGGCCUCCAUUCUACUUUAGCAAGGAACUUCUACGGCCCUACCAUUCGGGCUGGGUUAUUCAGAAAGAAUCAAAGUGGGAAGACGACAUUAAUAUGCAUAUUCUUUACUGUCAUCAGGCUGGAUUUGAUGUUUCGAUCUUCAAUAAGUUUGGAAAAGAUCGUUCAGUUGGAAAGAAUCCAGUUUCUGAUCAGGAAAAAUUAGGCAUAGAACAUCUUCUAGUUGCGUUCUUUAUUCUUGGUUCAGGCUUUAUUUUAGCAUUAUCAGGAUUUAGUGUGGAGGUCAUUGUGUCAAAGAAGAGAAAAUAUGAUGUGUAACAAAACCGAGCUUUAAAGUCUUAAAAUAACCUAUGUUAACGUUAAUAAAUCUUAAAUUAGCCUGAGCUAAAAA